AUGCGGGCGAUCUCGUCGGCGGCGGGAGGGAUGCUGCGGGCGCGGCUGAGCGCGGCGGCGCGCCUCCGCGGCGGGCACGGCGACGGCGGUGGCCGCUGGACGACGCCCGGCCACGAGGUGCGGCCCAAGGGGUACCCGAUGAACCGCACGCCGCCGCCGCCGGGCGAGUCGCGCAAGUGGGAGGACUGGGAGCUCCCCUGCUACGUCACCUCCUUCCUCACCGUCGUCAUCCUCGGCGUCGGGCUCAACGCCAAGCCCGACCUCACCCUCGAGACCUGGGCGCACCACAAGGCGCUCGAGCGCCUCCAGCAGCAGGAGCUCGCCGCCGCGUCCGCCUCCGCCGACGCCCUGUCAGAGUGA